AAGAAGGAGAAGCCGACAAUGACGAUGGGGGACGCGGCAGCGAUCUCGCGAAAGUGCGGCAUUCCCCAUUCGCCUCUCUUCUUCGAUGACUACAAGAAAUUUUGGGAAUCCGGAGUACGCGCUCACUUUUUCAGAACAAUUCUCCUUUUUAUUAUUUUCGUCUAUUUUUAUGCAUCUGGAUGUAGUUUGUGUGUUAUGGUUGUGGGCGUAAAGACUGAAAAAGUUACUGAGUAAGAGUUUAGUUGUGAUUUUUGUGAUUUUUAAUCAUCGAUAUUAAAACUCAAUACACCUCAGGUCUAUUCCUCUCAUAUCACAUCUCUAUCAGUAUUACCGCGCGGACACCGCUGCUCUCGAGCUCUUGUUUGGGAACAAAGAUUUGAACAAAUUCUAUCAAAACAAGUCGCUGAUCAAAGACCGUAUCACUUUCGAUUAUUUUCUUAGAUUUCAACAGUAGACUUUUACUCAGCACACGACUACAAGAAUCCAUCUUUUUGCUAUUCUUUCAGACAAUUUUUUACGAACUCCUCGCGUUUUUAAUGAAAGGAUAGAACUUGUAUGUUGGAAGAAUUUCUGUGGACAUGGACUCUCGUUCUCGUAAGGUUAGAAAACAUUCUGUCCUCGUUCCAUCCUAUCAAAGUCACAGCUCGCGCGCCCUCAUGUAUUUUAUACACCCAGAGCGGAUGCAGUAUACCAAUAUUUGCGACAACGCCGAUGACUGGGUCAAGCGUUAUGGCUGGCAUUUUUCUUUCUAACUAAAAGUCUGUGAAAAUUUAGCCUGUGUUGAAAACCAAUGUAGUACGGACCCACUGCAAAAACCCAAGUGCUUUCCUACUUCAUGUAGUACUACCACAGGAAGUAGCUCCCCAUGAAAGAUAGGAAUUAAAUAAACUACAUUCAGUCCUCAACUGGGCGUGGACUCGCCAGGGGUGCGCGCUCUGCUUACAUGCAUUGCGCCGCCGUCAUUCAACCUAUGAAAAGUUCUAAUAUAAGGUCGCUGCAAGAGUGGUUCCGACGUAUGGAAAGAAGACACAGCUAAAUCCGACGUCUUACGACGAAGAAUGCUGGGAGACUUUGCUGGUAUAUAUAUAUAUGCAGCGUUCGCCUCUGUGUUUAUUACCUAUGUGUUUUCUGAUAUGCUGUUGCUUUUUUUGCUGGUUGAGUAGCAUGCUGUAUUGAAGGAAACAUGUAGCUCUUGCAAGUUUGACCCAACUCUUCAUACCAUCAAUUUUUUCUUCCAUAUCAGGAACAAGCCAGAACCCGACUGCCGUGUAUCACCACUGGAGGCUGUGCGAACACCUGUGUCCGAGAACUGAAGCAAUUAUUCACGGUUUGCGGAGGACGUGGAUCAGAUCUGCACAACCCGCAUAAAUUUGCGUUUUUUGGAUCGACGGCCGUAACCGUGUUUGGCCGAUGUGUGGAAAUCAAGGCAUACGAACAAGCAUACAAAAACAACCCUACCGUACAAAAUGAACCGUGGCGACAGCUGAAAGAGGUACUACACAUAUUCUCUCGGCUGGCCAUGUAGCUCAUCUUUAGAUGUAGCGUGUGCGUCUGUAGUGAUCUUUGCUAUGCCCUCUUCCGAGGAAGUUCAUCCAGUCUAUCCUUACCAGAUCCCGACCUCGUCUUCUACUCUUGUUGAAGCUUUUAUUUAGUGAGAAUAUAUAAACAGAAGAUGGCUUAGAAUCGUGGUGUGUACUAGAUGUGAGACGUUUUCUCACUAUUUAACGAAACUACAGCUUCGCCCUCUCAUCCUCCUCAGUUCCUCCCUGAAAACACCCUCACACACCCAUCAUCACGCACAUCUUCCUCACAUCUGACACACGCAGUACUUUGAACUGGAACGCGACGGGUUAAUUCCGAUGGCGGAUUCACUACAAGAGUGGGCAGGUUGGCUGGCUUCUUGUCAAUCGCAGCGAGACGCUUAUCUCCUUUUCGCGAAAAUGACAAACACAAAGCAGAUUGUCACCUUGGAGACUGACAAAGAGAGGAUGUUGCAGUUUCCUCUGACUCGAAAACAAGCAAAGCAGCA